CCCCCUCCCCCUAUCCCUCUCUCUGUCUCUCCCUCCCUAGGGUCACCCUCCAGGAAAGUGAAGGUUCUCUGCCUUUAACUGGGUCCCCGUGGGUGUCAGAGAAGGUUGGGAACAAAUGGCCCGUGUUCUUCCCAGGUCCUUGCUGGUUUUGCUCCCCACCCCAGCUGGGCCCUCCACCCUCUGAGCAUGGCAGAUUGCCUUCUGCCCUCACCCUGUGGGAGGCCACUGCAGGCCCGGGCAGGCCUCAGGGACCUAGUGGGAUGGGGAGGGGGCCUUCAGGGCACUGACUCAGGAAUCAGGAACACUGGAUGUGCAACUCAGAAACAAAGGCACUGUCAAUAUGUGGGAGGUGGGGACAGGGAGCAGAGAGUAUAAUCUUAGAGACCGUAAUAGUGGCAAAAGCAUAGAUUUGGAGUCCUGUCGUUUCAAACAGCCCUGCUGCUGUGGUUGUUUGGGUGCGUUAUAUGCCUUCUCCAAGCCUGAGCUGCCUCCUCUGUAAAGUAAAGGAAUUGGGCUAUAGGACCCCCUCUGAGCCUUUCCCUUGGAUUUCCUCCUCUCCCUCAUCCAGGCUGGUAUUUGGAAUGCUGUACCCUGCCUACGCCUCCUAUAAAGCUGUGAAGACUAAGAAUAUCCGGGAAUAUGUCCGAUGGAUGAUGUACUGGAUUGUCUUCGCCUUCUUCAUGACAGUAGAGACCUUCACGGACAUCUUCAUUUCCUGGUUCCCUUUCUAUUAUGAGAUCAAGAUGGCAUUUGUGGUGUGGCUCCUCUCCCCUUAUACCAAGGGUGCCAGCCUGCUUUACAGGAAGUUUAUCCAUCCAGCCCUUUCCUACCGUGAGAAGGAGAUCGACUCAUACAUUGUACAGGCGAAGGAGCGGAGCUAUGAGACGGUGCUGAGCUUUGGGAAGCGAGGUCUUAACAUCGCUGCCACGGCUGCAGUGCAGGCGGCUGCCAAGAGUCAGGGUGCCCUCGCUGGUAGGCUUCGGAGCUUCUCCAUGCAGGACCUGCGCGCCAUCCCUGACAAUCCUGCUCCACCCUAUCAGGAUCCCCUCUACCUGGAGGACCAGGAUUUGCACCGGAGGCCACCCAUCAGGUACCGUCCCGGGGGCCUCCAGGAUAGUGACACUGAAGAUGAAUGUUGGUCUGAUUCCCAGACAAAGGCCCACACCCUUCCCCGUCCAAGGGAGAAGCCCUUGGUACGCAGCCAGAGCCUACGAAUCGGCAAGAGGAAGCCCCUGGUGAGAGAGGGUACCUCACGCUCCCUGAAGUCCCGAACUCGGAAGAAGGCAGCCCCAUCAGACCUGGACAGCUAGUGCUGGCUGGUUCCCAUUCCGCUCUACCUCCAGCGACCUCCCCCUUCUCUGACAUCCCACUCUCUCCAUGUAGAGGGGAGAAUGUUGGGUCUGUGGACACUGGGAAAGGCAGAAAUGCCCCUUUUUUGUGAUGGUUUUCAUCUGUUUCCACCUGAUCUCUCCUUGCCCCGAUGCCCUCUCCCUCACUAAUAUCCUCUGCCCAUCAAAGUGCCUAUGGUGGACUUGAGAGGUUCCUAGCCCCCUAACCUGCCAGCUUGGACUACUUGCCUGAGAAACCCUGGACCCAGCCCUGACUGGCACCUCCUCCUGGCUCUGGGGCGGGGGUGGGGUCAUGGUCAUGUGUUCUUAGACCAAGUCACUAAAGGUGUCACCAGUUGGCAUUGCUCAAUUUCUGUGUUUUUGAUAUGCCAAAGCAAAUCCCUCCUUUGUACUUUGACCUGAGGGUUAUUUAUUGCCCAUCUUUUUUCUGGCAUCGUCUUUCACCCCUAACCCAUAAUGGUUAGGAGGUAGGGGGAGCCUUUGUUCCCCUUCCCUAAUUCUUUUACUCUCCAUCCUAGGCCCAGCUUUGAUCAUUCCAUCCCCUUCCCCGUGUUACUUGACAGGCCUCUUCUGGGGGUCAUAUGUAUGUGUGUGUAUUUGUUUGUAUAUGUAUAUAUGUGUGUUGGUUGGUGUAUGGCCAAGUUUAUAAUGGUUUUGAUAAAUAAAUACAUGGAAUUUUCUCUUC